UUGCAAAUCGAAGCAUUUUUAAAUUUGUAUUUGUUUCACGGAAAUAGAUUAGUAAAAUAAUAUAUAUUUAAAAAAAGUGCGGUACUUUUUUGUAUGAUUAGGAUGUAUCAAGACUAAGAAGAAUUUAAAGAAGAACAAUUAUUCAAUGGAACAAGAAAAUAAGUCGUUUUACUUCGCUUAAUAAGUAUAUGAAUAAAUCUGUGAACUAAAAGUAACCUAUUAGUCAGUAUGGAAACAAAAAGUGAAAUAUUUUCUCAGCGUUUGGUAAAGGCAGUAGUUUGGAAUAUAACUUUACAAAUUUCACUUGCUAUAGCAUUAGUGUUUUUUAUUCAAGUAGAUUUAAUACAUCCGAUAUCAUGGUUAACUUCUACAUUUAAUGAUAUUUUUAGCUGGAAAAUGGCCUUAAAUGCCAUACUUCUAGGACUAGUAUCAUUCUUUCAAGCAUAUUUAUAUGGAAGUUAUUAUUCAGUUCCUGUACCAAAAUACUUUACAAGAUUCUCAAUGUUUUUAAAUAUAUUUUCUGUGCAAAACAUUAUAUUCAGCACUCUAUAUGCUUUGAAUGGUUAUUUUACAAUGAGCCUGUAUUCUUCAUUGGCUAAAAGCAACUUCAAUAUAUUAAAGAAGAAGUGUGAAACUUAUGAUGGGCAAUGCUUGGCUGAACAAAGUUUAUUUCUGCAAUUUGGAGGAAUGUGGAUGGGAUUAUACUAUUUUACAAGUUCCCACUUAUUUAGUGCUACAGUACUGACAUUUCCCCAUAUAUAUCAAGAAAAAUUUCAGCAGAUUAAACUUGUGAUAAGUAACAUAGUGGCAAUGGGUUUCCAACAUUCUGUAACACCAGUAAUAUAUUAUUGCAUUUUCUACUAUGUAUGGGGUAAUAAGCCUAGAAAUGUGGUGUCCGAGGUGUACAGCUUAUAUUUAGAAGAUCCUCCACUGGAUAAUAUUUUAAAUUUAUUAAGUUCCGGUAUUUGGAUUGGACUUUGGUUUUAUACGAGUUUAUACUUCAUUUCAAUAUAUACUAUGAAAACAGUUUUUAACAUAGUACUUACAGAACCAAUGAAAUUCCCUAUUGAAGGUGAUACCCAGUUUACAUUAAAUAAUGCCCUAUCACAAAGACUGCAAUUUACUGGUUAUCUGGGUGCUCAAGACUUGAAAUACAUGUCACUAAUGGAUCACACAAGACGGUCACAAAUUUUUACACUUUCCCAGCCUGGUGGCCAUCCUAGAAACUGGAAUAAUUUAUUGGAGAAAUGUCUGCAAAUGAUUAAUCAAUUUAACAGUGAGUUGGAAAAGAUAAACAAUGAUUCUCAUUCAGUUGAAGCUGAAAAUCAACACACUAGAAAAGCUUUCAACACAGUUGCUCCAAUAACACCACCUUCUGUUUACUCAAGAUCACUAAGAAAUAUGGCUGAAUCUCCACAUUUACUUGAGCUGAAAGAUCACAACAAAAAUAAAGUUGAUGAUACAUUUGCUACUGCUAUGAAAGAAGAAUUUAAGAAUUUCCUUCUUAAACUUUGUCAAAAACCUGGCAUAAAUUAUUUUUUUGGAGAACUUGUUGACACUAAACUAAAAUUUAUUCUUAUUCAAGCACAGCCAGUUAUAUGGACCUGUGAAGGCUUAGCCUAUAUUGUAUCAGCAUCUUUAAAGGAAGAUAAAUAUGGUGUUGUACAAAAUGAUCUGCCUAUUGUUAUAUCAACAUUCAUUUAUCUUAAGCAAAAUUUGGAUAAAUUAACAAAACCUGGCCUUGUACCUAGAAAACAUAUUUUAAAUGAUGUUCUUGCAAUUAAAAUAAGGAAUGCUCUUUUGUCAUCUGUAAAAAGAAGUUUAUAUAAAAUUGUAAUGACAUUUUCAAAGUUUAUUCACGAGAUCCCCCUAGAUCCUGAUGUGCAAAUUGCUAUUCAACCAUUUUUAUCAUGUAAAGAGGCAUAAAUGUGAUAUGUAAUCUAGUUAAUAAAAUGUUUUCUUAUAA